AUGGAAUCAGCCCCAGACACCGCACCGCCACGGUGGCAGCGAGCCCUGAAACGCAUCGCAAGUCUAAUCCUCCACCAAUGGCUCCUAAUCGGGAUUGGCGUCGUCUGCGCCCUGGCAUACCGUUUCCCGAACGUUGCCAAGCACGGCGGCAUCAUCCGUUCCGAGUACAGCAUCAUGUACGGCGUGAUCGCGAUAAUCUUCCUAAUCUCAGGUCUGAGCAUCCCGCGCCAGAAGCUUAUAUUGCAUGCCCUGAAUUGGCGACUUCACUUGCUCGUGCAGGUGACUUCGUUUCUGUUCAUUCCCGCCGUGGUGCUGGCCAUCGUGCAUAUUAUCCUCGCCGCAGAUACGGAGGAGAAGAUUGAUCGCGCUGUGCUGGCCGGGUAUAUCUUUACUUCUUGCAUUCCGACGACGAUUGCGUCCAAUGUUGUUAUGACGAGGUCUGCGGGUGGAGAUGAUGCGGCUGCUUUAGUGGAGGUUUUGUUGGCGAAUCUUAUCGGGCCGUUUGUUACGGCUGCGUGGACUAUUGCGUUGAUACCGAAGAUGGUGGUGUUCGAUCCCUGGCGGUUUGGGGGUGGGAAUCUGGGGACUGGUGAGGUGGACUUGGCCUGA